UAAGGUUACAUGUGCAGGCUACUGGAGUGGAGCAAUGUGAUUUUACUGCAUAGUUUUCCAAAUAGACAUGGUGGAUUUGUAACUUUUCAAGAAAGACAAGUGCCACGGCCACAACAAUGGGAUUACGCACUGGCACGCCACUUUACGCAUACGCCUGCGUCUAUUUAUUCGUCUUCUCCCUCCAAGGCGCACGUUGUCAGCGGCACCCUGGAGCUCCACAGGGGAAUAACCAAAAAGCCGCUCUCCGGCAGACUCUGCAGUGGUCCCACAACGGAAACGUUUUCAGCAUCUUAACCCAGGGCGCCGAGUACCAGCCGCCCAGACGCCGUGGCGCACCCCAGGAGCAAGUGCAGCCGCGACCGAUUACCAUCAUCCACGACAACACCCGCCAACAGGAGCCCUCCAGCCCGCAGCAGCCACCUGCUCCUCGGCCGGACUCCGAACCUCUUCCCCCGGUGCUCCAGCGCCUGGUGCGAGGGCGAGAGCACCGCAGACUCCACGACGAGCUGCACCGGGCCGAGCGGAAAAAUGACACCCAGGAGAAGGUCACCGUUAGCCCGCCUCUGCCCAACAGGGAGGACAUGAUGGUGGGCGAUGACCCCUACGAUCCGUCCAAAUCCUUUGAUAGCGACAACCCGUAUUACAACUACUAUGACGUGUACGAGAGGCCCAGGGCCAGAUCGAGACCCGGAUAUGGCACAAGGUACCAUCAGUACGGUCUUCCUGACCUGGUGCUUGACCCAUACUACAUUCAGACGGCCGCUUACGUCCAGAGCAUGGCAAUGUACAACCUGAGAUGUGCAGCAGAGGAGAACUGUUUGUCGAGCUCAUCCUACUCGGCCCGGGACUACGACACCCGCAUGCUGCUGCGCUUCCCCCAGAGAGUCAAGAACCAGGGGACGGCUGACUUCCUUCCCAGCAGGCCACGCUACGCCUGGGAGUGGCACAGCUGUCACCAGCACUAUCACAGCAUGGAUGAGUUCAGUCGUUACGAGCUGCUGGACUCAAGCACGCAUCGCGCGGUCGCUGAGGGGCACAAGGUCAGCUUCUGCCUGGAGGACACGUCCUGCGACUACGGCUACUACAGACGCUACGCCUGUACCUCACACACACAGGGCCUGAGUCCAGGAUGUUACGACACCUACAACGCAGACAUCGACUGCCAGUGGAUCGACAUCACAGACGUCAAACCAGGGAAUUACAUCCUCAAGGUCAGCGUGAAUCCUUUCUACCAGGUGCCAGAGGAGGACUACAGCAACAACAUUGUGCGAUGUGAUGUUCGCUACACAGGCAACUACGCCUACUUGUCUGGUUGUCACGUGUCAACGUAUUGAUGGAGGAUAAUUAUUCACAACUGUGUGACUGACACUGAGGAGGACUGCAUAUGAAAGUAUUUACAGUACGAGGGAGUCAUGAAGUAGAAUAGUCAUAGGUUGUUUAGUUUAAAUGUACCAUUAGAUAGAAACUGACUGUUGUCAUUGCAUGCAGUGUGUCUUCUUUCGUUUUUUUUUUCUGUGAGAGUGAUUUAUUUUCCUUCCUCCAGUCUGACAGUCUAUUUUAUUAGUUUUUAUGAAUGGUUCAUUUUUUCUUACCUUUCAAGCAUUCUAAAUCAUAAAAACAAUUAAAGUUGUUUUGAAAUGUCAAAAUGAAAAAAAAUGAUCAACAUAGUCUUAUUUUUAAAUCACUGUCAACCGUGACAGUGUUACUUUUAUAGUGUUACUUUUAUAGUGCUUUUAGGAAAAUGUGUUUUUAGUGCUGAUCUUAUUUGAAAUAAAAAUUGUGAUUACCUGA